AUGACCGCCGCCUCCCUCGCCGCGCCCGCCUCCAUCGCGCCGUCCGCGCGCGCGCUCAGGGCGACGUCCUCCGCGCGUCUCGCGGCGACCCGCGCGCGCGUCGUCGCGCCCGUCGCGAAGACGUCGAUCCAGUUCAUCAAAGGCUUGGAGGAGACGACGCAGCCGGACGUGCGUCUGACGCGCAGCAAGGACGGCACGAACGGCACCGCGUUCUUCAUCUUCAAGGAAUCCGGGAUAUUCGAAGCCCCGGAGCUCCCGGGGGACAUCACCGGGAUGUUCCUCACGGACGAGGAGGGGGAGAUCUCCACCGUGGACGUCAAGUGCAAGUUCUCGAACGGCAAGCCCGUGCAGAUCGAGGCACAGUACGUCAUGAAGAGCACGAACGAGUGGAACCGGUUCAUGCGGUUCAUGGAGCGGUACGCGGAGGACAACGGCAUGGGGUUCAGUAAGAAGUAA